GCAUCACAGUGGGCCGGGCGUUGGCGUGUCUGUCGGAGGCUCUCACUCCUCCCCCGGCUCACUCGCUCAGCUCCGGUCUUCAGUCUCAUUUUGAGCAGCGGCUCGUUUUGUCAGAGGGAGGGGAAACGCGUGUCAGUGGGAAAUCCUCAUCACUGUUGUCGGUCUCAGUGAGUGGGGAGUGAACUGCGAUAGAGGCGCGCAAAUCUUCAGGACGGAUUAAACUCAACUGAAUGAACUUGAGGAGACCUGGACGCAAAGCACACAUGAAGUCCUUCAGCAGCGACUGAGAUUCACCCCAGCCAAAGCCCGUACAGACCAUGUUCGCACAAUGACCACCACCAUGGUUCAGUCUGUAAUGCUGACAGGCCUCAUGUACAUGUUCCUGGUCUCCUAUGGUGCUCAGUGUUUGAAUCCUGAGGAUGGAGCCUCUCUUCGUUUAAGUGCCCUGGAUCUCCCGUGGCAAGAUGAACUGUGCUGUGAGUCACCCUCAACCCACCUUGGUGUGGAGGGAGGCAGUGUAAAUUCACUCGAAGCAAACCGCUCAGAAUCAAAUCUCCCACACACUCCCGGCUGCACCUUCAAGAGCUCCAGAAUGGAUUUGCAUCAUCCUGGGCCCUUUGGUGGCACCUGUUUGGACAUUCUAUGCAGAAUUGAUGAAAACUGGCAAAAUUUAACGUGUGAUCUUCAGUCUCGUGGUCGACCAUCCAACAGUCUUAUGGCAGUCAGCUUACAGCGGCAGCUGUUUCAGCAAGAUGGUAACUAUCCUGCAUCUGAAAAUCCUGUUGUUUGUGAAGCAGAGGAUUCCUUCAUGUGCUCACUCGCUCUUGACCCAACAACAAGCUUUGUUACCAUGGUAACUGUCAGCAUCUCGGAUGCUGUGGCUCCACCAGUUCUGCUCAGAGUUCCCGCCCGACCUGAGAAACCUAGUCCUCCAGCCAACCUGUCACACAUUCAGACCAUCGAGGCAGAGCUGAUCGUACUCUGGGACGAGCCAGCGGACUUUGAGGCCGGCCCGCUGAGAUAUGAAGUCCGAUACUUCUCCAUUGGCACUCACCCAGACUGGCAGGUGGUGUCUGCAUCUGAGGAGCCCAGACUCUCUCUGGAUCUGAAGCCCAGGCUAAACUACACUGUCCAGGUCCGCUGCUCCGGCCUGGAAGAGCCUCCGAUGUGGAGUGAAUGGAGCGAACGUCAUCACAUCUACUUGGAUACGGUGAGCUACAUACCCGAGAAAGUGGUGGCUCGCCCUGGGGAGAACGUAACGGUAUACUGUGUGUUCAAUGACCAUAGCAUCAAUGCCAGCAUGGCCGUGUGGAUGCUCAACUUCAAUCAGUGGCUUCAGCCCGCCCAGUACCACCCAGUCAACCAGUGGGUCAGCCAGAUCACAGUGCGUCCUUCAGAGAAUCGAAUGUAUGACCUCCUGAGGUGUACUCAAGAGUGGAGCAUCCCUUACAGCCAGAUCUAUGUGGAAGGGGCUUACAUUGAUAUAAAGUGUGUAACCAACGGGGACAUUGACGCCAUGGACUGCAGCUGGACUAACAAACAGCUGACUAAACCAGAAUUACAAUCCAAGUGGGCUGACCUGCCAUGUGACUUGAUGGAGGAGAGGGAGAGAGCGGGUGAGAAGCUGGGGGAGAUGGGGCCUGCUUGCAUGAAGGUCAGGCAGGAAACCUGCACCAUCCAACCUCUGAGGAUGAACUGCUACAAACUGUGGCUGGAGGUGCCAUCCCGACUGGGUCCCAUCAGGUCCAAACCAGUCUACCUGUCACCUAUAGAUCACGUGAAGCCUCACGCACCCACUAAUGUGAAGGCAGUGAGCCACAGCAGCGGGGUCCUGGAGGUGACUUGGGAGCCUCCUCCUUUGCCAGUUGAUGGUUUCAAGUGUCAGUUUCAGUACCACUCGCCGUCCACUGUGAGUGCCCAGCCGGAGUGGAAGCUUCAGAGUCCUGUGCGGGUUCCAUGGGGCGAGGUCAUGGUGCCGGAUAUGUGCCGUGUAUAUGUGGUUCAAGUACGCUGCAUGCACAUCAAUGGCACCGGCUACUGGAGCGAAUGGAGCGAGUCCGUCUACUCCACUCCACAAAACAGCAGAGCUCCUGAACGUGGCCCUGAUUUCUGGAGAAUUCUUCAAGAUGAUCCAUACAGAAACCAGACUAAUGUCACACUACUGUUUGAGAAUUUCCCAGCAUCUGGGAACUCCUAUUGUGUGGAUGGAUUUAUAGUCCAGCGUCACUCCUCAAGUGGGUCUGUGUUGAGGGAGAAGAUUGAGCUGAUGUCCUCCUACAGCUUUGAGUGGAACCAGGAGCCCCAGACUGUGACUGUGGAAGCCUACAAUAGUUUGGGGAGCUCCACAAACAACAUAAACAUGACACUGGAGAGACAGCCUAAAGGGCAGUGUGUGCGUUCAUUCCAUGUGUUGGUUGUCAACAGCACGUGUGUAUCUCUGACAUGGAGCCUGUUGGAGAGCAGCUCAGUGCCUCUGUUCAUGGUGGUCCAGUGGUUGCCACAGAAGCAGCAGGACUCUGGCCCAAGUGCAGAGACUUGGGCCAGACUGCCCUACACUGAUUCCCUCGUCUAUCUGAGAGGUGAUUUUUUUGGCUCUGAGGAGUACGGCUUUUACUUGUACCCUGUGUUUGCUGAGGGAGAAGGGGAGCCGAUUUACGCUUUAGCCACCAGAGGAGAUCCUGCAGCCUACGUAAUGCUGAUGAGCAUUUCCUUCCUUUUCAUCAUCCUGUUUGUCGCCCUGGUCCUCUCCCAAAACCAGAUGAAAAAGUUUGUAUGGAAGGACGUUCCUAACCCAAAGAAGUGUUCAUGGGCCAAAGGAAUAGACUUCAAAAAGGUGGACACCUUUGACCACCUGUUCCGACCUCCGGAAGGUCUGCCAGUUUGGCCGCUGCUGCUGCCCUCUGAGAACAUCUCCCAAGUCAUUAUAGUGGACAAAGCUCUGACUACAGCCCUAAUCCAAACCCCCUUUUCAGACCCUGCAGCCCCCUUAGCUGGCUCCCUGCCUCCUGGGUUUGACCUGAAGAUUGAUCCAUUUAUGGAGAGUGAGACACUCCCUGGUGGAGGUCCUUCCUUAGCCAUUGAUCUGGAUACGUUAACCCCUUCAGGCCCAAGAAUAGAUGACUUGGAGCCAGCUGAUCCCUCAGUGAACCAGUGUCCAGGUAGUGCUGACAACUCUGGGCAGUCUUCAGUCACAUACACUGCUAUUCUGCUCUCUGAACCAAAGCAGGACCAGCAGCCCCCCAUUCAUCUGCACUACAAGGAUGGCAGUGGUAACAGCUCCAGCGAUGAGGGAAAUUUCUCAGCCAACAACUCUGACAUUUCAGGAUCUUUUCCCGGUGGCCUGUGGGAGCUGGAUAGCUGCCGUGGUGGGGAGAUGGAUGACCCGAGGCGCUCCUGCUCCUACAACUCUGUGGAGGAGCUUUCCGAAACAUCAGAUCAAGAAGAUGAAAAUGAGAUGAGACAAGAGAAGGACUUGUAUUAUCUAGGAAUGGACUAUCAGGCAGAGGAUGAGGAGAGUGAGAAAGAGGAGGAGCAGAGGGAGAAGGAGAAAUUGGAGCUACUAAAAAGUGUUAUUUUGAACAGAGAGGACUGUUCCAUAGAGUCGCAUCCAUUGCUUGGUCAAGAUAACUCGAGCGAGCCCAUCGUGCUGCUGUCACCGUCGAUGUGCAACUUCACCGCGUCUUACAUGCCUCAGUUCAGAACUGCUCCGUGCACAGCACAAUUCACAGCUCAAAAGCCAGACACACAGGUGAACCCCAGCUGUGAUUAACAUGUACACCAUUAAAUCUAUUAUGUCAUGUGUUACCAAAGCUGAUUUGCAUCUAUUCCUUUGGGCAUACUGAGGUGUGAAGCUGGAAAAAGUAAAAAUACCUCAAGUUAUGUAUGAUUGCAAGUUGAUAUUCAUCAAUGCUGCUAUUGUGUGCUAUUGGAAAAGUGAUCAGGAGGGCACAAGCCUCAGGAGAAGGCAUUUCUUUCUUUCUUUCUUUCUUUCUUGGGCUUUAAAACCCAAGGUUUACUGUGCCGUACUGCAACUGUGCUGUAUUUAUGGCUGAAGUAAAAAGAGCCACAGGAAAGCUGUCCAAGCAGCAUAUUGGUCUUUGAGAAGAAAGAAAAAAGAUAGCAAUGGGCAUAUAGCCGAUUAUACACAGGUGGUCAUACCGUAGAUGUAGAAUCAAAGGACGCUCUUUGUGCCACCAUCAUACACACAGCUAUUCAUUUAAUUCUCUACUGAAUCCUUUUUGCUACAUUUAAGUAAAAGAUUAAAGAGGUUCAGAGAGAAUGAAAAACAAAGGAAGCAAGAGAACGCAGGCUUAUCAUCUGCACAUUUUCAGCUCUCUCAGAGCACAUUUGAGUGUAAAAUAAAGACAACGCUUGGAUGUUGCUUCAAAGCUUUUGGUAUGACUAAAUAAAAAUGUUGACGAUAGCUGAAGGUGGUGAGUUACUGCAAGCAAUUUUUGGACACUUCAUUUACUGCAGCGCAGCUUGUGUAUUAACAUCUGCAUGGACUGUCUAACCCAUCAAGUCUUUUUUGCACUUUGUGUUUUAAUGUAUUUGAGAGUUUGUUACAGUACGUGAGAAACGUUCUAUUUUUGUGCUGUAGUUGUGCUUGGCAACUUGACAGGACAGCUUUUUUCUGCUGUUUAAAAAAAAAAAAAGUAUAAAAAAGGAGCAUUUUAAUCCAGAGGAUGUCUAAAAUGAAAAGAAAUGAAAAAAAAAAA